AUGGUGAACUGCCUCACCAUGGGAAUGAAUGUGGUCACUUUAUUUGUCUACUUCUUGCAUGGAAGAGAAAUCAAAAUGUUAUGGGUUUCUUUACUGGUCUUCAUGUCGAUGCCAGUGGGCGGCAUAGCACGCAUGCAAAUCCAAGCAAUAUGGCUAGUGAUUCUGACUCUAAACAAGAAAGUGGAAGGGAAACUGCUUGAAGUUGAGAGCUUGAGAUGUGUCUUUCUUGAUAUCUCAAAGUCCUUGAAUAGAUUAGGAGCAGCUCCCCCCACAAGAAUCAGUACUCCGGCAGAGGAAAAGUGA